AAAAGCCAUAAACAUGAUUAUAAGUUGAAAACCACAGCAUAUUCCGACACAGACAGGCAAGUUUUGUGCGGAUCUCGGUUUUGUCAAAGGGUAUUCUCAUUACUUAUUCUUUUUAAAGUGUCUUUUAACUCCAAAAUGGUGAAUGACCGUGGACAGAUUGUCAAUGGGCUAGGUCUUUAAAUCCCUUGGGUGACUCCUGCAGCAUUGUCGUCAAACUUGGAGUUGCACAUUUACAAAUAGCUAGGCAAUUAAGCCACAUCCUUUCUCUCCUCUCUACUGGUUAAUUACCAUCGUCGUAUUUGAAUCAUGGCAAUAGAGCACUCAUCAGUGAAGUGCAGCUUCGUCUACUCAUCCUGUUUUCUAGUACUACUUGUCUUAAACUUCUCGUCAGCGCAAUUGUCCGCAAAUUUCUAUGCAAAAACAUGCCCCAAAGCUCUUUACACCAUCAGAAAUGUCGUCAGUAACGCCGUGGUCAAGGAGCAUCGCAUGGGGGCCUCCCUGCUCCGCCUUCAUUUCCAUGAUUGCUUUGUCAAUGGAUGUGAUGCUUCAGUUUUGCUGGAUGAUACUUCAAGUUUCACUGGAGAAAAGGGGGCUGGUGCAAAUGUAAACUCUUUGAGGGGUUUUGACGUAAUUGACACCGUUAAAACUCAGCUAGAGAGCAUAUGUCCGGGUGUAGUUUCUUGUGCAGAUAUUCUGGCUGUUGCGGCAAGAGAUUCAGUUGUUGCUUUGGGUGGACCGACAUGGAACGUUCAAUUAGGCAGAAGAGACUCUACCACGGCAAGUCUUGAUGAUGCAAACAAAGUUGCCAACAUUCCAUCGCCUGCAAUGGAUCUCAGUGACAUUAUAACCGUCUUUACCAACAAGGGUUUCACCACUAAAGAAAUGGUUGCCCUUUUGGGAUCUCACACAAUAGGCCAAGCCAGAUGCUUAACAUUUCGCAAUCGCGUCUACAACGAGACUCUGAUUGAUGCAUCAUUCGCUACUUCACUGAAAACUAAUUGUCCUAUCACACUUGGUGAUGACAACCUUACUGCACUGGACGCCAGCUCCCCGAUUCUAUUUGACAACGGUUAUUUCCAUAAUCUUGUUAAAAACGAAGGCCUUCUACAUUCGGACCAACAACUCUUCAGUGGUGGGUCCACGGAUUCUCAAGUUAGUGCUUAUCGAGCCAACUUUAUCACUUUCUUUGUCGAUUUCGCCAAUGCAAUCCUCAAAAUGGGAAAUCUCAGCCCACUUACCGGUAACAAUGGCGAGAUCAGAACUAAUUGCAGGAAAGUCAAUUGAUUUGGCUUUGGUUUAAAAGAUGCCUAUACUGUUGUAAGUGCAGUAGUUGAUAAUGCAAUGAAUAAAGUGCUAUCUGGAAACUCUAGGUGCAAGGCAAGAAAAACUUUCUUUCAAUCUUGUAGCGGGGCUUUCUGGAUAUUUCAAACUUAUAAUUUGGUGUGUUGCGGUUGCAAUGUAAAACUUUGUUCAAUCUUAUCUUUCUUAAGUUGUUCCUUGGGAGUGAUUUUGAA